UCUCAGGUCUGAGUAUCUGUUCAGUCUCUGAGCUGACGGAGCAGUCAGAUCAAUAACUUAAUCAGUAUCUAAUCAUCAUCAUCAUCAUCAUCGAGGCUUGUCUUCUCUCAGUCAAAGUGAGGAGAGGAGUUUCCUGUUUUCCAGCUGAGUCAGAACCCUGAACGUUUCAUCAUGAGUGAUCUGCGCUGCAGACUGCUGCAGCUGCAGAGUCGCUUCACCUGGGACCUGAAGAAGGACGACAUGGACCUGGAAAACCUCAGCACUCGACUCCAGGCCCAUAUAGACCUUCAGCUGGGACAGCAGGGAGCUGUGGCUCGCUCCUACAGUUUCUUGGCUUAUGUCAGGUAUCUCCAGGAUCAACCAGAGGAGGCGGUAUCACUUCUCAACCAAUCAGAGGAGAAGACCAGGGAGUGUUUUGGCGAGGAGAGUGAGCGGCGGCUCAUUGUGACGUAUGGAGACCUGGCCUGGUUGAAAUACCACACUGGAGAUUAUCAACAGUCACAAGCCUACUGUCAGAGAGUCAACGACAUACUGUUGAAGUAUCCUACUGACUCCCCUGAGGUUCUCCACCCAGAGGUGUACGGAGAAAAGGCCUGGACUUUCCUCAAGUUUUCUUGGUCUUAUUAUCCCAAAGCCGUCGACUGUUUCCGCAAAGCAUUGGAGCUGCAGCCUGAUGACAGCGAGUGGAACGCCGGCUAUGCUAUUGCCCUUUACCGCACAGAACCAAUGUUUUCAGAAGCACCUGAGGAGUCACCAGGCACCAAACAGCUUCGCAGAGCCCUGGAGAUCAAGCCUGAUGACGGGGUCCUGAUGUCGCUAUUGGCUAUGAAGCUGGGAACCUACAACAAACACCAAGAGGCUGACAACCUCGUGGAGAGAGCACUGAAGAUUGAUCCAGACAACCCUCAUGUCACCCGCUAUGUAGGAAAAUACCUUCGAAGUCAGGGUGAUUAUGAUCGGUCCAUUGCUCUGCUGAAGCAAACACUGGAGAGGUCCAAUCAUUCGUCUGUCACCCACCAUCAGCUGGCUUUGUGCUACAUGAGGAGGAAAAGUGAUGAACAGAUCAAGAAGCCUGUCAACCACCAGACAGUGAAGCACUGGAGGAGUCUGUGUAUUCAACACCUGGAGGAAGCCGUCAGGAUCAGGGCCUCAUUUGUCCUCGCAAUAGCUGAUCUGGCUCUGAUGUAUGCAGAGGAAAAGGAUUUCAGCAGAGCUGAGGAGUUGUUCCAGCAGGGCUUGGAAAAUUUAUCAGAGAAAAAGAUUUGUCAGAUUUUCCAUCACCGCUAUGCUAACUUUCAUCUCUAUCACACUAAACAAGAAGCUGAAGCCAUCGAGCACUACACACAGGGUUUGCUAAUACCACUGAAGACAUGGGAGUGGAAACAAUGUGCUAAGAAGCUGAAGCUGAUCGCAGAGCGACGUCUCGCAAAAGACCAGAGCGACGGCCAGGCUUUCGCUCUGUUGGGUAUGGUGGCCAAAGCUGAGGACAACAAGAAGGAAGCUGCUGGAUUUUAUGAGAAAGCUCUGGACUGUGAUGAAAACCAUGAUGAGUACCUGUCUGCUCUGUGUGAGCUGCGCAUGGAGCUGCAGUGAUCUGAGAUGAAACAUCUUUCUGAUCGCACUUUAAGUCAAAGUUUAAUCACUGCACUUCUUGUUUAGAUAAAAUCACAUCAUCAGCUCUACAGGUCCUGAGUUUAACCUGGAUCUGAUUCUUAUUUGUUUGUCUGUGAUCAGAUUUUAGUUAAACCUCCUCAAUGUGUGAUUUAAUUUAAAUUUAAAUAUGUUGGGACAUAAAUCACUGCUGUUACAGCCAGACAUUUAUCUUAAAUGAAGAUUUAAAAAACACAAA